UAUUUACUUGGGUGAAAUAAAUCUGCAUGGUGCUUGGAACAUAUAUUCAUGAAUGUUUGUCAACUCUUUGCUAAGUAGAAUGGCAAUUACGUGGACUAAUGAUAUCAUUGAGAGUACAGCAAACAAGACAACAAGAAAUGAUGAGCUCGAUUCACAAGCCAUGCAUACCGAAGAUAUCUUAGACAGCAAAACAAGAUCAGUGGAGGCAACCUCCGACCGAUGCAAUAGUAUUAACAAUGCCUCGCCUCACGAAAUAACACAUUCUCGGAUACAGGAACUGACAAAAGAAAACAUUGAGCUGAAAUCGAAAUUAAACUGUUUCAUUUGCCGGCAAAAUUUAUUCACACAUGUAUUGAUUCCAUGUGGACAUUUAGUAUGUGGUAAUUGCGUUAAGUUGACAUGUUGCUGUUGCAGUUUACGCAUUGAGAGAUAUCAUCAAUGUACAUUGCCAUCGUAUCCUCACACUACAGGACAUACAGUGACACUUUCGUCAUCAAUCAAUACAUUGGGUGCAUUUUCUAGAUAACUACUUCCAUGUUUCUCACAAAUAGUUAUAAUGAUAUAAAGAUUUUACACAGAUCUUGGGAUACAUGUACAUUCAGGGAGUUAUGUGACCUUUUAUCUAACGUAUUUUUGUUAACCAUUAUUAGAAAUAUGCUGUAGCUUAUGAUUAGUGUUGCGGGAUUUUAUUUAGACAGUACAAUAAAGAUACUAAAUGUUAUUUUAUAUUCAUCCCUUUUAGAUAUGCACUAUACCUGCCUGAUUGAGAGUUCAUUAUUUUUUUGUCUUUAAUAGAUAUGUAAAUUAUUCGCAAAAUUAAUGCUAUCAGCAUUU